CCCAAUACUGGACCCUUGAUGGGGUUUCGUGUUUUCGACUUUCUUUCAACAUUAGACAAUUUUUCUAAUGUAAAAAUAUGUUCACGGGUUAUGGGUGUAUCCAGAAUUCAAAUUUUAUGGUGAAACGUGGGGGUGGAUUCAACAAGUUCGUUGGGUAGUUUAAUUUUUUUAACACCAUGGUCAAAUUAAAGUUUUAUUAUGACUUUUUGUCACAACCAAGCAGAACUUUGUACAUAUUUAUGAAGAAAACCAAAAUCCCGUUUGAACCAAAACCAGUAAAUUUGAGACAAGGAGAGCAUCUCACUAAAGAAUUUGAGAGCUUAAAUCCGUUCAAGAAAGUACCUUUUAUUGAUGACAAGGGAAUAAUUUUAAUAGAAAGUGUUUCAAUAUUACGUUACUUGUGUCGAACAUAUAACGUAGCUGACCAUUGGUAUCCCAAAGAUAUCCAAAAGCAGGCUCUUGUUGAUCAAUAUUUAGAGUGGCAACAUAAUAAUACUAGAGCUCAUUGUACUGAGUAUUUUCGGCACAAGGCAUUAUGGCCGUUAAAAACUGGCCAGGCAGCAAAUACUGAAAAGGUUACAAUACUGGAAAAUAGAAUGAUUGAAAAUCUAAAUUUAUUAGAAAAUAUUUGGUUAAAAGAUAAACCAUUUUUGUGUGGAGAUGAAAUUUCUGUGUCUGACCUUGUCGGUGCAUGUGAAGUAGAACAACCAAGAAUUGCUGGUUUUGAUCCAUUAGUGGAUCGUCCAAAUUUAACCAAAUGGAUAGCUAGAGUCCAAUCAAAGUUUUCUCCUUUUUAUGAAGAAGCACAUCAAGUAGUCGAACAAACUGCUGAUGAAUAUAAACGUUAUGUUAGUAAAUUAAGUAAAAAAAUUUAGUUAAUAUUGUUGAUUGAUUAUUUAAAACGUAUAUUUUAUUAUAAAAUCAUUUAGUUAUAUAAGUUUAAAACUUUAUAUAGGAAUUUA